UCAUAUUUCUUUUGUCUCCAACCAUGGUUAAGUUAUUGUCUCAACCUUUAAAAACACCUUUAUAAUAAGCUCUAUAGAUAGAAGAAGCAUAGUAGAACAAACAAGAAGAAAGAACAAGUUAUCAAGAACAGAGAAAUUCAAAGCAUACCUUUCAAAAUGGCGUUCUACAUGGACGAAGAACAAUUCUGGAAAUGUCCAAAACACCCCUCAAAGCGACGAAGAAACGGAGUUUGCCAUGUUUGUCUCAAGGACCGUCUCGUCAUACUCUGCCCUGACUGCGCUAACGUACGCCCCUGUGCUUGCUCCGCCUCUGCCACGUCAUCAUCUUCCUCCGCUUCGUCAUCCUCCGGUCGCAGCGCCGCCGUUAGCGGCGGCGCUAGCGACGGAGUUGGACGAGUUUCUAAUCUCAUAGAUAGUGAACCGGCGUUCCGGCGGUCGAGAUCCGUCGGAAUUCCGUUCCUCCGAUCACGAACUAAAAACUCCGGCGAUAUAAAAAAUCAGCCGGUUACUAAAACGGCGUCGUUUUGGUCGGUUUUUAAGUUGAGCAAUAAGAGUAAGAGAAGCGGAGGAUCAGAGAGCGAUGAAUUAGCAGAAGAGAAAGGGAAUAUUCAUGGUGAUAAUAGUAAUGAUUUUCCUGAUGGUAGAAUUGAGGAUUUUGCGAAGAUGAUGAUGAGAUCAAGAUCAUUGAGUGUAGCGAUAACGUCCGGUAAUUGCAACAAGUCGCCUGCGAAGUCGAAAGGAUGGCAUUUUCCAAGUCCAAUGAAAGUUUUCCGGCAAUCCAAGGCUUCGAAAUUGGUUCAUGAACGGUCGCCUUUGUAUAGCGGUUAAGUUUUUUUUUUGUUUUUUCCUUUUUAAUGUUUAGAAAAUAACGGUAUUGUAUGAAGGCAGUCAUGGAAGUAAAUAACAAGAUUAGUUUCAUUUCUAUUAGUAUCAAUCAAUAAUUGCACUACUGUUUUAGAAAAAGUGGAAGUUGCAAUGUACUUUAAAGUCGAGUAAAUCUCCAUUGUAUAUGUUGAAUCCGUAUUUUACUGUAUGGUUUUUGGUACGUUGGAUUGUAUUACGAUAACCAAAUUACUGCAUGAACUAAAAGAGAGGUACCAUCUACCUUCA